AUGCCCACCCCGGGCGCAGAGUAUCUGGAUUAUGAUGGCGAUGAUGGAAAUGUCACCACGCUGAAUCACGUGCUAUGGAUGGUGGGUAUUGCGGAAAACGUCACAGUUGCGGAGGUCAUGGACGUGAGGGGAGACGUCGUUUGUGCCGAUAAUUAG